GAGUGAGAGAGUGGGAGAGUACUCCCAGAGCAGUCCGAUCAGUGUUUCGGUCUCCGUCUUGCUAUGUGGAUUACAGCUCCCACUGCUUACUGGAUCUACAUUCACUGAACUGGGAGGUUAGACUGAACAAGCACUGAGGAAUUCUCCUGCAGUGUUUUCAUUUGUGACUUUUACUCAAGCGUGAAGUGGACCUUUGCUGUUAAUUAGGACUGUUGCAGAUGAUAAUGGAGAUGAAUGGUCGUGCCUUGCCUCCAUCAAUACCUGAGGAUGGAGAAGCCCCCGACCAUGUUACUGAAAUGAACGGGUUCCAUCAAAGGAUUCAGGAGGGAGACGGGGGAGAGGGUGAAGUCCCAGUCUCCAAGUCCCAGAGACGAAAGAGUGAUGUCAAAGUCUAUAAGGAGUUUUGUGAUUUCUAUGCUCGCUUCAACAUGGCCAAUGCUCUGGCCAAUGCCAUGUGUGAGCGCUGCAAGAGUGGGUUUGCCCCUGCAGAGAAGAUAGUGAACAGUAAUGGGGAGCUCUACCAUGAACAAUGCUUUGUGUGUGCUCAGUGCUUCCAACAGUUCCCCGAAGGACUUUUCUAUGAGUUUGAAGGCAGGAAAUACUGUGAACAUGACUUCCAGAUGCUGUUCGCUCCCUGCUGCCACCAGUGUGGUGAGUUCAUCAUCGGCCGUGUGAUCAAGGCUAUGAACAACAGCUGGCAUCCAGACUGCUUCUGCUGUGACAUCUGCCAGGCUGUGCUUGCUGAUGUUGGAUUUGUUAAGAAUGCUGGGAGGCACCUGUGUCGUCCAUGUCACAACCGAGAGAAAGCUCGCGGUCUUGGCAAGUAUAUCUGUCAAAAGUGCCACGCCAUCAUAGAGGAGCAGCCUCUGCUAUUCAAGAACGACCCCUACCACCCUGAUCAUUUCAACUGCAACAACUGCGGUAAGGAGCUGACAGCUGAUGCCAGGGAACUGAAGGGGGAGCUCUACUGCCUGCCCUGCCAUGACAAGAUGGGGGUACCCAUCUGUGGUGCCUGUAGGAGACCCAUCGAGGGCCGUGUGGUUAAUGCUAUGGGCAAGCAGUGGCAUGUGGAGCAUCAUGUGUGCACUGUUUGUGAGCGUCCAUUUCAAGGCCACCCUUUUUAUGAGCGAGGUGGUCGUGCCUAUUGUGAGAGACACUUUGAUAUGCUCUUUGGAGAUGUUUGCUACCACUGCAAUCGUGUCAUCGAAGGAGACGUUGUGUCUGCCCUCAACAAGGCUUGGUGUGUCAACUGUUUUGCCUGCUCUACCUGUAACACCAAGCUGACCCUUAAGGAAAAGUUCGUGGAGGUGGAUCUGAAGCCUGUGUGUAAACACUGCUAUGAACGCCUGCCGGACGACAUGAAACGCCGUCUUGCCAAGCGUGAACGUGACUCAAAAGAGAAGAAGAAGAAAUUAUUGAUACCCAUGUGUCUGUGAUCCUCUCUUUCUCCUUUUUCCUCACUUCCACUGUUCUUCCUUUGGAACAAGUUUGUGGAGUUCGACAUGAAGCCUGUGUGUAAAAAGUGCUAUGAGAAAUUCCCUCUGGAGCUAAAGAAGAGACUGAAGAAGCUGUCGGAAACUGUUGCACGGAAGUAACAACUCAAAUGAAUCUGUGGUGGGAUGCCCAUACAACUUACAUGUCCCGAAUUUGCAGUCCAAUAUGAUAGCAUUUUAUGUAUUUUGCAUUAAAUAUUAGAUAAAAGUUACUCUUCAGCAGAACACCCCAUAUUUUGUUCAUCACUCACAGAUAAUCAUUUCAUGAGCCUUAAGCUGACACAGUGUUUGAAUGUCUGUCAAUGUCUAUUAACAUUGACAUGUUCAGUGCCUUUUGGCUCAAUAACUGCACUGUAUGUUAUUCACAAGCUUGCCUUAUUUCAUCACAAAACUAAACCAAAUCAAAUGUUGAUAGUCCUGUAUUUCAAUGUGAUAAAUGUGCUUUAAGAUAGCAUAGAACUUGAGAAAAUAAAAAUUGUUACACCAAGCUAUUCAUUUGCUUUAUGGAGACAAUCCAAAGAAACUUGAGGACAAUACAGUCCUAUCGAAUGUGUAUAUCUUGGCUUGAGUUUGUUUUCCAGCAACAUGUAUGAUUGCAUAUAUUAUUAAUGUGUAUUUUCUUACAUUUUAUGUUAAAUAAGUUUCCUUUGAGCUCUGUAAGGCUGACAUUUUCUUUAUCUUAUUGACAUUUUCUUAUAGCUUCUUUGUUACAUCAUUUGUCUCAACUAUUAUAUGUGUCUUGUUGGAUUACCUUUUAAUGUGUUAUGCAUUUUAUUUGUGAAACAAUUACAAAAAUAAACUGGUGUUAAAUCAUAGACAGAAGUCAGCUCCCUUUAAACAAUGUAAUACAAUCUGUUACAAUAGUCCUGGAAUAGAAACCAAGUCUCUAUUAUUUUUUUGUUUUUUCUGCUGUAAUUAACAGUAAGUACAUGCUGGUAGUAGAGUAUAAAAGAGUUAAUGAGAGUAAUAUAACCCAAGUUUUGGAAAUACCUCUGACACCCUUUCAACAAACCCUGAGAAUCUGAAUUUUUACUUUGACAGGAUUUAUUGCACAGCAACUGGUAACUGUGUGUUACAACAUGAUGCCUUGUGGCAUGUGCAAAGACCGGAUGUGGAAGUAAUGUUAGAUGUUGAACAUGUGUCUCUGCUGUUUGUAAUCCAAAGAAAGUGAUCCUCUUACAGAGGUUUACCGACUUCCUCAAGGCUCAGACCUCUUAGGAAAGAAAGCCAACUGUUGUAAGUGAGAGAGAAUCAUUUCCAUUCUGACAGAAAGUUUCACUCAUGCAGUGUAUAAAUCACAUUUUUGUCACGGUAGGUAAAUAGAGAACGACAUUCCAUAAUUUGAUGGGAAUAUAUUCCAGUGUUAUUUCUGUGGAUUUCAUUACAUAUCCUUAGCCCAAACUUUUAACAUGCCAUGUAAGAGUUAAACUGUGUACUGAACUGUAGUGAAGCAGAACUUCAGCUUGACUAAAAAUAGUGAAGGGACAUUUUUAUUUGAUAUCUUAGUACAUAAAUGCUCUCCACAAUGCAACAUUGUCCUGUGCUCAGUAUACUUUUCAAAGACAAAAAUUGCUUUUUUCAUGUAAACACACAAUUUGCAUGCUCUGGGCUUGUUUCCUUUUAUUUUAUCUUACUAGGCAGCCAUCUCAUCUGAAUAAAUACAUAUUUCAAUCCAA